CUUUGGGUGAUUGCCUCGUGUUUGAAUGACUACUUAUGUGGAGCGUCUUUUCUCAGCAGUCUCAAACGCACUAGAAUUCAACACUGCUACACUUAGCGGAGCUGCUGAUAUAAUAGUUGUCGAGGGAGAAGAUGGAGUUCGAAGAAGUAUUCCCUGGAACGUGAGGUUCGGAAAGCUAAGGCUACUCAAGUCGCGAGAAAAAGUAGUCACUGUUAUCAUAAAUGACGAGCCGUGUGAAAUUUUUUUGACUUUAGAUACUGCAGGUGAAGCAUAUUUUCUUGCCGAAACUGACCAACCGCCUCCUCCUGACCUUGUUCCCUCCCCAGCUUCGGAACCGAGUUCUCCUUCGAAGUUUCCUGUUUCCAGUUCUGUCUCCCCGGAGUUGCUCAGUAGAAAGUUGGAGGAAACCAGUACAUCAGACAGUUGCGGAGACUCGGAUAUUUACCUUACUGAAGGGAAAGAAAUACCCACAUACUCAUCCGACUCGGAGUUUGGUGUAAGUUUUCGAAACGCUAACGGAGUACAAGAGAGAAAUUCUACUCUCAAGUCUUGUAAAUACGGUUCGCAAGAUGAUUUGACUUUGGGAUUGAAGAACAAGAAACUAACUGCAAAGCUCAGCAAUUUAUAUGUCGAAGGCAUUCAAGAGAACUCUGACAGCCCAUUCUUUCCCCGUAGUAACGAAAGGGUCGAGGCACUUGCUGGUGAUGAGAAAUACUUACUAUCUUUGUCUGGACAGAAGUCUGAAAGUAUUAGUAUUGCUUCCAAUAACUUGCCUCCUACUUCCUCUUCAAUAGCUUCUUCCCCUGCGUCAUGGAUGGAUUCUUUUUUGAGGCGUUUUACGACUCGAAAGGAACUUCAUCAAGAUGGAAAGGCGAAUGUUCUGCAGACUAACGUCCAAGAAAGUAGCUGCGAUGUACGUCCUCGUUCGAUUAAUUCAACCACCGAAGAAAAAGUCGACUCUACGGAUUGUUAUUCUUAUUUGACCUUUGAAGAUCUCAGUGAUUCCACUGAUAUUAUAAAGUCAGCUUUGGAAAGGAAGUAUUCGGAUAAGCAAUUAGAAAUCUCGAAUAAGAUGUUUUCAGACGAACAUGGCAAUGAGAAUCGGAGAGAGCCUGCUUCGUCCAAUAUUCCGCAGAAGAAGGAACUGUCAACUUUGGAUACAUUUUCAACAUGUUCAAGUUUAGAAACUGAAACCGAUGAACUUUUUGCCUUACAACAUUCAGAGAAUAAGACGAAAGAGUUUACUGAGUUCCCAGUACCGAACGCUUCGUCGCAUUUCUAUGACUAUAUUUCAAAACUCCCAGACGAACUUCCACCGAACGAUGUAUAUAUAUCAAAGUUUAAUAAUCAAACUCUUGGAUCAAAAAGGCUAAGAAAUUGUGACAUAGACGAUAGACAAACCAGUAUUUCUAGUGUUUCUGGUUACAAACGAAAUUAUUCGAAAAGUGACGAAAACCAAAAGGAGGACUUUGCUAAGAGUCACGGUCUAUUGGAAACUAGUCAAUCAAAGGAAAUCAAUGUCUCAGAUGUAGAUUAUCCUCUCGCAUUAUCGCUUUGUGGUCAUCUGAUUCGCCAGGAAAUGCCGGAAGAUGUGAAAACGAACAUUUUUGAACACAACCGUAUCGGGUACAGUCAAUUUUCGUCAGAUCCUUCUAUUUUGUCUCAUCCAAAUUUGUUAAUGAGAGUCGGUGGCAAAUUAAUGAAGUGGAAAGAAGCGGGUCCUUUGAUUGUUAGCAUACUAGCUUUUGCAGCACCACUGGAUACUACAAAUAAUAUUUCAUCUCAAAAGAAGAAACCAGAGAACAGAGAGGAACAUGGAAAAAAAAGAUUCUCAUGGUUUGGGUUUCGAUCUUCAGACGGAAAUGUGAGUGGUGAACCACUUAUAACGGAUGACAUGAUUGCUAUGGUUGAAAGAGAUACAGUGCAUGCUAAUGUUUCAGAGAGCGGAGGUAAAAGUAUGGAGAACUCAGUGAUGAGUAAUACAGAGACCCAAGGAAGGAGGUUUCUAAUCAAAACAAGACGUCCAAGCAAGGAAGCAUUAGCGAGGCUUCCACUUAGGUGUGGAAUGAAUGUUGUGAAGUUUGUAGUAAACUCCACUCUACAAGGCGUACAAGAAUUGUCAUCGAGAAUAUUUCUUUGGUCAUCUGAUUCGAAGAUCGUCGUCUCAGAUGUUGAUGGGACCAUUACUCGUAGUGAUGUAUUGGGUCAUCUUUUGCCAAGAGUUGGCAAGGAUUGGAGUCAUGAAGGCAUAGCAAAACUCUAUACUUUGAUUGCGAGAAACGGGUAUAAGAUGCUGUAUUUAACCAGCCGUGCCAUUGGACAGGCUACUAGUACCAGGGCUUAUAUCCAAUCAUUAUACCAAGAUUCCAAAUAUACACUCCCUGAAGGACCUGUCGUAAUGAGUCCUGACCGAUUGGUUGAGUCUCUUGCUCGUGAAGUUAUCCGCAAAAGACCACAAGAGUUUAAGAUUGCGGCACUACGAAAUGUCAAGGAAUUGUUUGCAGAUUCGUACAAUGCUUUUUAUGCUGGCUUUGGUAACAGGUACACUGAUCUUAUCAGUUAUCGAGCUGUUGGUAUACGUAGCAACCGUAUCUUUCUUAUUAAUUGGAAAGGGGAGCUUCAGAUAUGUAAUUAUGUUUAUGAAACCGUUGGCAGUUAUCGAAACCUGCAACAAUUUGUAAAUGAAAUAUUUGUAGAUAUUUCAUUCCUUCAUGGACGAAAAGAAAAGGAAGAAGUCUUGCAUGAAGAUGAUUACAAUGACUUUAAUUUUUGGAAACGUAGCAUGGAAGUUAACAGUAAGUAGAGCGGACAGGUGUACAGUAUCUCAACGGACUCUCGCCAAGUGAGACAGUUUUGAAAGAUAUAUGGAGUGUACAUAGAUAUUAGUAUGAGUAUAAUGCAAAUAGUAGAAUGAAGCAAGAAUAUAAAGAAAUCGAUCUCUUCGGAAUUUAUAAAUUUUUGGACAUGUUC